AUGACGAACACUGCCGAAUCUAAAAACUUAAAUGUGAUUAUUCCUAGACUUCAUUUAGCUAUCAGUGCGGUGGCAGUAUUAAUAAUCUGUAUUAGUCUCAUUUUAGUCCUGCAUCGGUACACAUUACACCCGAUUCAGGAAAAAAUGCUUGUUGCCUCAGAAAUAAAUGCUACAAACCGUUCGACAGAAGUGACAACUACAAUUAGCAGAUUUUCCCACGUAUCAGCACAAUGUCUUGUCUCACUGCCUGAACAUCAAUCAGUAGAUCGAUCUGCUGGUGCCCGUCUCUUGUUCCAGCACCAGAACUCUACACCAGACCCACUUAUAGAACAUUCCAGAGGAGUCGAGGUCUUGUCUGACGGCAUCAAGAUUCUACACACUGGUCUCUACAACAUCUACAGCAACUUACACUUCAAGGCUGGUAAUAUCAUACCGUGCACGGAACUCACCAACAAGGAAACCAUCAUUUUCCUACAAAAACAAUAUGGCGUUGACCGAAAACAUCAGACCUACGUAGCGUCGUCUCGACUCAUGUGUUGCGAAACGUGUGUGCUAAGUCAGGAGACGAGCUACACAGCCACGACCACAAUCCUACAAACCAGUGACGUCAUCCGUGUUGUAGUUUCUGGCUACGGUAUGAACCAUCUCCAGAGUGAGUCAAGUUUUGUUGGACUGUUUAUGUUGGCGGCUGUAUAG